AUGUCGGAGCGAAAGACAACUAGUGCCCAGACCAUCGUCAUCAUAUCUUCUCUUAUCCUGCUCAUCGUGGCGCUGGGCCUUCAAGCCGGUGGAGUCAUGUCGCCCAGCUGGCAAGUUGUGGAUAUCCGCGAGUUCAGAGCCACACAUCAUGUAAGCUUUUAAUCGAAGUGCUCCGUUUUUCAUUCAGUAAAUUUCAGCACGGUCUCUGGCUGGAUUGCACCCGACCGCAGCUUCAUCUCGUAGCCAAAACUCAAAAUAAAGAUGAUCUUCCGUUGCAUUGCACUUAUAAAUUUGACGUGUCCGCCAGUCAAAUUAUUGAUGAAAACAUUGAGGACAUUGACCAGAAUAGUGCUGCCGGAGAGAGCGAGCAUCAUCAGUUCUUUGGUGAGCAAGCAAAUUUCUGAAAAUCUACUCUGUAAAAAAUGUGUUUUAUUGCAGGCUGGCACAAGUUCACAUUGGGAUUCAUGCUCUGCGCCAUCAUUCUGGCUGCCCUGUCCCUUUUGUGCGGAAUCUGUGCUCCGUGCAGCUCCGGCUUUGCUGUUUUGUAUGCGAUUCUCGUGGCAUUCACAGGUUUGCUUUGUUUUGAAAAUUUUUUCGAAGAAAAAUGACAUUUUCAGCUUUCACCGCCACGUGUGGAGAUGCCAUUUUCUUCUUUGCCGCACAUCGUGUUGACAGUCGAUUUGUGCAAGGGCUUGUUGGAACUUAUGAGGUACUACAUUCAUAUUUUGAGUUAGAUAAAAUACUGUGGCCUUUCUAGCAAGUGAUCGGAAUCGCGUUCUACAUCCACGUGGCUGGCACCGCCAUUUCCUGUCUUGCCCUCAUCAUGGCCGGCAUUUCCGCCUACUCACUUCUCCAGAAUAACGAACCCGACCGACCUCUUCCGAUGAGAGAACUCGCGCCUCUUCAUGAACCUCGAUUCGCAAGAGUCUAA